CCAAUUUGCUGCGCACGAGAGAGUAGGAAGUGGAACAUCGAGGCCUCUUCAACGUUUAUCGGCACAAAGUAUCUUUUUGCAAUGCAGCUGGUUACCCUUUCUGUCCGUACGAUAGACAAAAGCGUUCCAAUUCUCCAAAUUAAUAGGUGCUUGCUGUAACAAACUCUGCCGGAACACAAGAUCUCCAGUGCAUCAGUCUGCUCAUCAAGAAACCAAAUUUCUCACUUGAUGGCGACGACGCAUCCUAACUUGUGACACAGAAAGCAUUCCGACUCGAUUGCUAUCCCAACCUGCCAUAUCGUCGGCGCAAAAUAAACCCAACGCCUCCAAUUCCAUCACUCCAAAAAGAAACAACCAAUAAUGACGAGAAAAAUAACUCACCUGGACCUUUUCCUUGUCUGCCUCCUCAAUAGCCUCUUGUUGUCGGCAACGCUGACGGAUGCCUGGUCACCGGGCAGUCUGUUGCGAUUUGGAAGAGGACCACGCCUCCGACCGGUUCCUACGAACCUCUGUGUCCUGGCCGGUCGUCCCCGCAAGUCUUCGUCGCCGCAAAUGCCCGAAGAUUUCGACAACGACUUUGACAACGAUGGCAAGGUCACUCGACAGAAACAGGAGCUUCGAUCGAUGCUGGAACAACAUCAUUUCGAGGAAUCCACUUCAUCGACCAUGGCUUCGACGACGUUUACGGAAGACAUUUACCACAAAAAGUUAGACGCUGAUUCCCCUACUCCUCAACACUUCUCACCUGAUCCCUUGGAAAAURACAACAACAAGGAAAGCUAUAAUAACGAGAAUAACAACUCAAGUAACAAGAACUUUUUGCAAGUUCCUCAACUGAGUAUACCAACUCGAAUUGCCAAACCCGGGCUCGGAUUGGAACACCACAAUCGAGCGAUGAAAAGUCUAGUGCACGAAAGGUUCGGGAGGAAUCCCGGACAACAGCAACCGCGAAAACCAGAAAACAAGGAUAUCGACAACGCAGACUCAAAGUCGCGGCUUGUUUCUAAAAAACCAGAAUGGAAACGAYUAGAAGAGCACAAAGCCGACAUCGACAAAAUCCACUUGCGCGAUUUGUUAAUGGAGGAAGAACGGUCCGAGGCAAUGUACGCCGAACACGAUGGCGUCUAUCUUGAUUUUUCCCGUCAACGGGCAACCUCGGAAACCAUGAAGUUGCUCCAAGAUUUGGCAAAAACACAGCGCCUCGAAGAACGCAUACAGGACAUGGUAACGGGCAAAAAGAUCAAUUUUACCGAAAAACGCGCGGUCUUGCACACAGCACUUCGCGCCGAUCGAUCGGAAGAGAUCAUGGUGGAUGGAGUCAAUGUAGUGGACGAGGUUCACCAGGUUCUAGACCAGAUCAAACACUUCACGCAAGGUGUUCGUAAUGGUGAAAUUCUGGGAUACACCGGCAAACGCAUCAGGAAUAUUAUCUCAGUUGGUAUCGGUGGGUCAUACCUYGGCCCUGAAUUUCUCCACGAGGUUCUCAAGACCGAGCCAGAGGGAAUUAAUUCUGCUCUUGGAUACAAUCUGAGAUUUCUGGCCAACGUUGAUCCCAUUGACGUGGAACGGACCUGCGCUGAUCUCGACCCCGAGGAAACCCUCAUUGUGGUCGUCUCGAAAACAUUUACCACUGCCGAGACCAUGUUGAACGCUCGUGCUAUGCGCCAGUGGCUUUGGGAUUUCAUGGGGAACGACAAGGAGGUCGUCAAGAAGCACAUUGUAGCCUGUGCGUCUGUCUCCUCUAUUGAUAAGGUUAAGGAAUUUGGAAUCGACACGGAAAACUACUUUUUCCGAUUCUGGGACUGGGUUGGAGGACGAUACAGCGUUUGUAGCGCUGUAGGCGCCGUUCCAAUCAGUCUCAUGUACGGUUUUGAUCUUUUCGAACAAUUUUUGAAGGUACGUAAGCUUGUUAUGAGUGGAAAUGAAAUGGCUUCCUCUGUGCGCCUAGUUUUUGUACUCAGAUGAAAAUAACACUUAUUUGUCGGCUUUUGUUGUUUUGUGAGAGCAGGGUGCGCAAUCCGUAGACGAACAUUUYAAAACUACGCCCAUGGAAAAGAACAUUCCUGUAAUUAUGGGAUUGUUGGGAGUCUGGAAUCAUUCAUUUUUGGGAUACAAGACACGAACAACCUUGCCGUAUGCUGAAGCAUUGCUGAGGCUACCAUCUCAUAUUCAGCAGCUGGACAUGGAGUCCAACGGAAAGGUGAUGACCAAGCACGGUGUCGAAGUUGAUUACAACGUCGGUGAGAUUGAUUUUGGUGAGCCUGGUACAAACGGGCAGCACUCAUUUUUCCAACUUCUUCAUAUGGGCCAAACAGCUCCCUGCGAUUUCAUCGGCUUCUGCCAGUCCCAGCACGAUCUAUGCUUGGAUAACGAGUCGUUGAGCUCGCACGACGAACUUAUGGCAAACUUCUUUGCCCAGCCAGAUGCYCUGGCCAACGGCAAGACCGAAGAUGAAGCACGUGCUGAAGGAAUCGAAGAAGAGUUGAUCCCCCACCGGGUUUUCAAGGGAAACCGUCCUAGCAUGUCUCUMCUCAUGCCAAAGCUCACUGCCUACGCAGCUGGGCAACUGCUUGCGAUUUACGAACACAGGACGGCCGUACAGGGUUUCAUUUGGGACAUCAACUCGUUUGAUCAAUGGGGUGUGGAGCUCGGAAAGAAGCUUGCGAACGAUGUCAAGGACCAAUUGAUCRAGGCAAGAAAGAACACGGGGAACGAAAAUCACGUCGUGAAAUCUUCCAAUCCGGCCUCGUCGAGGAUGUUGAACUAUUAUGUGAAGAAUAGUCCCGCAAACACAUGUUUUGCUGGUGAUGUUCAUGGCAUUGACGAAACACCGAUUACCUACAUCACGAGGAAAACGCAUCAAGAUCAUGCUCGUGCUACCUCAGUAGCUCCACCGACCGGACACGAUCUUGGUGGAAAUCAGGGGCUUCUGUGAAUAACUCGCAUCGUAGGAUAACAUGUAGACCAAAAAUUGUACACUUUCAAAAAACGCUUUCGAAUUUCACCUGCCCUUCACCAGAGCUUCUUAGAGUGUAACUAACGUAA